AUGAACCCUAAAAAUGAUAAUCCCCAAAAUCUUCUUCUUCACCAACAAAACCCUAACCCUGUAAUACCCGAAUCAGAACAACAACAACAACACCAUCAGAAACCCCUUAUUCAUUUCCAGAAUCUUCUAGAAGAAGAGAAACAAGACUCCCCCAUCCAAUCAAUUUCUGAUAUUGUUGCAUUUAGAGAUGAAGAUGAAGAAGAAGUUGAUGAAUCUGGUGGUGGAAGCCCUAGCUCAUCAGAUAUUGAUGAUUCUUCUUCACAACAUCAAAAUCAAGGGAUUAUUACAUCAUCUACAAUUGUUCCAUCUGAAUUAAGAACAACGCCAGUUUAUAUUAACACAGAGCCACAUAUCUCUUCACAAUUUUAUACAUUUAAUCGGGAUUCUUAUGCAUUAAUGGUUCAAUGCAUUUUGGAGAGAAGAUUAGCAACAACAGAUGAGAUUCAGAAAGCUACACCAAGGUCUGUGCUUAAAAUAUGGAGGUCUGUAAGGAAAUAUCGCAACGAGGAUACCGCUUAUCUUACGGCAUGGAAACGGAUACAAGAUAAGUUAAAUGCUCAUAUUGAUGCUCAUGGUAAUCAAGUUUUGUAUUUUAAGAAUAAUGCACAACAUUAUGUUUCACAUGUUAAUCAAUGGCAAGACAUUGUGAUGACUUAUCAUAGUGAUGGUGAUUUGAAACAUUUAGGAUUAAAAGAAACUAUUGAUAGGAUCAAACAGAUAUGGACUGUCGGGGCUAAGUUUUAUGGAAUUCCCGAGUCUUUUAUUAGGGUUUUUGUUAGUUCGUGCCUUGUUUGCAAUGGUCCUUCGGGUUCUAGUGGGAAAAAUAAAAGAUGUAGGUUCGAGUAUACUGAAACAUUUGAAAUACAAGCGAAAGAAGUACCUCAAAGACUUCAGCAGUUAGCUGUAAAACAUAAGGUUGUGCUUUGUAUUAGACAAAAGUAUAUCAGGUAUAAACCAUUUAUGGCUGAAGUUAAAGAUUAUGCAUGUCAUAGAGAAGGACAUCCGUCUACGAAGAAAUCGAAGCUUUUGAAGAGGGAACCUUAUGCUUCCAAGAGAUGCGGAUGUGGGUUUAGAAUUAGGGCAAUUGCUCCGAUAGAAAAUUAUAAAGAGAAAGAUAAGACGUUUGUUUAUCAGGAUGAAGGAAUGGCAGUUUUCAAACUUUAUGUUGUUCAUUCAGGGCAUGAACCAGGGCCACUAGAUGGAAAUGCAAGGAUUGUGCACAGAGUUGUUGGGCAUAAAGGAGUAGAAAUGUUGAUGGAUCAGGAAAUAGUGUAUGGAAUGAAUGAGGAUAUGGAAACAGUUGCAUUUGGUUUGAUGGGUAAGGAUGAUGGUGAUUUGCAACUUUCUGUUAUGCUUAAAGUGCAGGAGUUAAAAGCUGAGGAUGCUUUGUUGGAUGGGAAAGUUGGGAAAUAUCCUCAGGAGCUUUUGGGUCCUUUGUCUCAUGAACUGUCUGAUAUCAUUAAUAGGCUUCGGAGUAUCUUAAAGGAUCUGUCUGGGCAAAUAAUGAUAAAGAAUAUUAUCAAGAACAAAGCUUUUUCUCUAGGUGGAGCAUCUAAGACUCAAUUAUAUAACAAACAACACCAUCAGAAACCCCUUAUUCAUUUCCAGAAUCUUCUAGAAGAAGAGAAACAAGACUCCCCCAUCCAAUCAAUUUCUGAUAUUGUUGUAUUUAGAGAUGAAGAUGAAGAAGAAGUUGAUGAAUCUGGUGGUGGAAGCCCUAGCUCAUCAGAUAUUGAUGAUUCUUCUUCUUCACAACAUCAAAAUCAAGGGAUUAUUACAUCAUCUACAAUUGUUCCAUCUGAAUUAAGAACAACGCCAGUUUAUAUUAACACAGAGCCACAUAUCUCUUCACAAUUUUAUACAUUUAAUCGGGAUUCUUAUGCAUUAAUGGUUCAAUGCAUUUUGGAGAGAAGAUUAGCAACAACAGAUGAGAAUCAGAAAGCUACACCAAGGUCUGUGCUUAAAAGCUGGAGGUCUGUAUGGAAAGAUCGCAACGAGGAUACCGCUUAUCUUACGGCAUGGAAACGGAUACAAGAUAAGUUAAAUGCUCAUAUUGAUGCUCAUGGUAAUCAAGUUUUGUAUUUUAAGAAUAAUGCACAACAGUAUGUUUCACAUGUUAAUCAAUGGCAAGACAUUGUGAUGACUUAUCAUAGUGAUGGUGAUUUGAAACAUUUAGGAUUAAAAGAAACUAUUGAUAGGAUCAAACAGAUAAGGACUGUCGGGGCUAAGUUUUAUGGAAUUCCCGAGUCUUUUAUUAGGGUUUGUGUUAGUUCGUGCCUUGUUUGCAAUGGUCCUUCGGGUUCUACUGGGAAAAAUAAAAGACGUAGGUUCGAGUAUACUGAAACAUUUGAAUUACCAGCGAAAGAAGUACCUCAAAGACUUCAGCAGUUAGCUGUAAAACAUAAGGUUGUGCUUUGUAUUAGACAAAAGUAUAUCAUGUAUAAACCAUUUAUGGCUGAAGUUAAAGAUUAUGCAUGUCAUAAAGCAGGACAGUCGUCUACGAAGAAAUCGAAGCUUUUGAAGAGGGAACCUUAUGCUUCCAAGAGAUGCGGAUGUGGGUUUAGAAUUAGGGCAAUUGUUCCGAUAGAAAAUUAUAAAGAGAAAGAUAAGACGUUUGUUUAUCAGGAUGAAGGAAUGGCAGUUUUCAAACUUUAUGUUGUUCAUUCAGGGCAUGAACCAGGGCCCCUAGAUGGAAAUGCAAGGAUUGUGCACAGAGUUGUUGGGCAUAAAGGAGUAGAAAUGUUGAUGGAUCAGGAAAUAGUUUAUGGAAUGAAUGAGGAUAUGGAAACAGUUGCAUUUGGUUUGAUGGGUAAGGAUGAUGGUGAUUUGCAACUUUCUGUUAUGCUUAAAGUGCAGGAGUUAAAAGCUGAGGCUGCUUUGUUGGAUGGGAAAGUUGGGAAAUAUCCUCAGGAGCUUUUGGGUCCUUUGUCUCAGGAACUGUCUGAUAUCAUUAAUAGGCUUCGGAGUAUCGGAGAGGAUCUGUCUGGGCCAGUUGAAUUGCAUAUUGAUAAGCAGCAGUCUGAUGAUGUGUUAGUGGAAGCGAGUGAUCUCGCUCAUUGGGGUGAUCAUGAACAUGAUCAUAUGUAUGGGGAUGGAAAGGACGCUGAUUUGAUUGAGGAUGAUGAAGAUAGUUUCAGACAGCCACUUGACGAUGUUGUACCAUGGGAUCAGAUGAGAGCGGAUUGUAGGAGUAGGAAGAGUUUAUUGAGCGAGAAUUGUAAACCCGACAAAUGGUUGAAGGAUACUUGUGGUGAAUUUGAUGAGAAGAGCAUCCUAGAUUGUGAGGAUUCCAAGUUGAUAAAGCCUUCAAGUCACGACGGUACAACAAUAAUGACAGAUUCUGGUCUAGUUGGUAUACAGGUGGACAGUUUCUAUCCCGAGAGUUCAAAGUGGUACGAUUCUCCCUGCAGUUUGGAUCCUAGUGCAGACUGUGGGGAUAAUGGAUUCAGACCUGGGGAGAUCCUGUAAGUCAUAAACCUAAACCCACUCCUAGCUUGUUUAUACUGUAUAAGGUGCCAUAUGCCCCUCUCUUAAUGUUGACAGUGGGGUUGUAAAUUGUAUAUACGGAAGCUCAGAACCUGCCACACAUGCUUUUGGUGUUGUUACAAUGUGGUGGUUCCGUAAAUUGUGCUGUUGGCUUCCUGCACAGGUUUUCACCUUUUAACCCUUUCUUAUUAUAUUCUGAUUUUAUGUCGACUCUUCCAACAAUGCACAUAAUGAUUUUUAUUUUAUUUUUA